UGUGUGCAGGGCAUAGUCGGAGCUCCUGUCUAUAACAGCGACAGUCUAGGUUGGCAUACAGGACAUAUGGACAGUGGGAUUGGAUAUAAAAGCAUGGUGUUUCAUAAACGUCUGCUUUGUGGCUCCAUAGAAAGCCCUUUAGAGAUGAAGUGUGUGAAGUGACAUACGAACACAUCGUCUCCCAGCCGGGCUCUGUGGUCGAGCAGGAAGUCAACAGAAGCUGUGCGGAGGUCUUUCGAGAAGAUACAGAACCUUCAUCAGAUCGUCGUUUUUCCCCCAAAAACACUCUGACAAACUCACGCGUGCCAAAUGUGCACAAACGACCUGACACUCUACCAGACCUUAACGGGCCAUGUCAGGUGGAGCAAGAGAGGGGAAGUCCCAAGUUUAUUAUGCCCUUAGCCCCUCUUGAUAUCUGCUCCUCCCUCGUCUGUCGGACAAACUGCACUUUGGAAGGAGAUCAAGCUUCUCUCAAUGACAACACAGACCUUGGUUGUGGUCACGUACAACCCUGCAUUCUCUGGCCAACCUUGGAUGGGAUUACUGACAAAACUUCUUUGGAUGGUGACGAGUUGAUACAUAGAAAGGAAAAUACAACAAAGUCUGCAGAGAAAUCUUCAACAAAGAAACAACCGGACUUUGUCACUGCGAGAAAAACAAUACUUGAGGAGAUUAAUGACCUCAGUAAAGAACUUUCUCACUUGGCUGAUGUCCCUGCAGAUCAUUUCAUCGUGUCACAGAGGAACCGCAUUGCAUUCAUCACUUUAGAUUUAAAUGACCCAUUUGUCCCCUGGGCUGUAAAACCCAUCGCCAAAGCCAUACAGUCUGAGUUAAGUCAGAAAACAGCUGAAACUAUGCCGCAUAAAACCCACAAGUGGACCUCAGAGAGCAGAGCCCGCUCCAAGAAGGACAAAACAGCUGGCCAUCAUCAUGGUGUACAAGCUACAAAGCAACAGGAUAAUUUAUCUCAUCACGUUUCCCCCCAGCAGGUCUGCAAACUGCAAGAAACUCAUCCUCUUUCUGAGGAAAAUCACAUUAGUGAGAACAUUCAAGUCGGGCCUGAGGAAAAGGAGGAUAAACUGGUGAUUGAAGCUGUUGUAGAAGCUGAGAAGGCUCCAAACAAACCACAUGGCAAGAAGAAAAAGAAACACGCUCUGAAUGCAACAGGAGUGAAAAGUGUAGCGGAGCCUCUGGUUGAGCUGGAGAAUGGCGCAAAACCAAAGACUGCAAAAGGAAGGAUUGAUAUGUUUGAGGCCAAGCUGGGUGGUAAAACUUGGAAAACUGAAAAUGACAGUGAUCAGUCAGAGGAGAAAAAGUCCCAGAAACCAGAAGCUAAAGCUAAAGCUUCCUAUGGAGAACCACUUCUGCAUCGUGAAGAUCAUAAAGACCACAAGCCCAAGAACUUUACCAGUACUCUGAACGAUGAUAUCAUUAAAAAACGUCGGCUGUCAGAGAACAAAUUUGGAAAGAUUGUCAGUGGUUUGGAGUCUAAACUACCAAAGCCAGACAUUUCUAAUCUGGCAAAGGCAGAGGAAACCAAGGCAGAUGCUGGAGCUACUCGCAAGAAGGCGUACAGUGAAGUGGUCAAACAGAAAAUCCCAGCUAAAGAAGACAUUAAAGUGGUACAGCCCAUCCAGGCAGUGUCGGUGAGCGGAGACCCCCAGACUCUGUGCCUGUGGUGUCAGUUUGCGGCGGUUUUCUCCAACCACACUGUCACCUGGAGCAGAGGCGACACUGUCCUGUCUGAGAGCAAGAGAAGUGCAGGGGACGAGAGCAGAGUGUCUGUGAACAUCUGCAACGCUUCUCAGAAAGACCUGGGCAAGUACCAGUGUCAGAUCACCAGUUUACAUGGAUCGGCCUCCCUGGACUACGUGCUCACAUAUGAAGUGCUCAGUGAGAUUGUCAUCCCUCCAUCUCCAAAGACCAUCUUAUCUGCCCCUGUGGAGGUUGGGAGUGAAGAGGAGGAUAUCCAGUGCUCCAGGCUGAUUUUCAAAGAGGAUUUCCUAUCUGACCAGUGUUUUGGAGAGAACCAGCCUGCCAGCAUCAUCACUGAAAAGGUUCACUUUGGGGAGGGGAUGCACCGCCGGGCUUUCCGGACCAAGAUGCAGGCGGGUCAGAUACCCCUCUUACUACCAGGACACUGCUGUGUGCUCAAAGUACACAACUCCAUCAGCUACGGGACCAAGAACAACGACGAGCUCGUUCAGAAGAACUUCACCUUGGCUGUAGAGGAGUGCCAUGUCCAGAACACAGCAAGAGAGUACAUCAAGGCGUACACAACUGCAGCGGAGUCUGUGGAGGCCUUCGGAGCGGUCCCAGAGAUUAUUCCCAUCUACCUGGUUCACCGCCCGUCCAACGACGUCCCGUACGCCACGCUGGAGCAGGAGCUGAUUGGGGACUUUGUGAAGUAUUCAGUGAAGGACGGGAAAGAGAUCAACCUGAAGAGGCGCGACUCGGAGCCGGGACAGAAGUGUUGUGCUUUCCAGCACUGGGUCUACCACAAGACUGACGGCAACCUGCUGGUCACUGACAUGCAAGGAGUAGGAAUGAGGCUUACUGACGUGGGAAUAGCCACCUGUAGGAAAGGAUACAAGGGCUUCAAAGGAAACUGUGCCACCUCCUUCAUUGACCAGUUCAAAGCUUUGCACCUGUGCAACAUGUACUGUGAGCUGCUGGGCCUCAAAUCCCUGCAGCCCAAACCCAGAAAGGCUCCAUCCGCCCCCAAAGCCAGAGCCCCGCCCCCUGCUGCUCCCAAGAAGAAAACCUUUGGGCCGACAGUGAAGGGAAAGUCCUAGUAGUGGGAGAACCUUGGACUAUGUUUCAGUAUUUUAUUGACUAGCUGAGGUGUUAUGUGAUUUGCUCCUCCAGUCAUGCAGAGAUUGGCCUGUAAAACAUGUAUAACAGAAAGGUCUCAGAACAGAUGUUUUUCACUCGUUAUACAACCAGCAGCUGUUAUUUCACAAAAGUUUUUAUUUUCUUCAUCUCGUGUUGAACAUUUGAGAGAUAUAUUUUAUUUAAAUGAGAUGAUUUCUGUUUCAGAGUGUAUUUAUAAUCCAUUGGAGGACACUUUAUGUCAUGGAAAACUGUGACAAAUGUAACAAACACUUGAAAACGAUGCUAACGUUGAGUUUGUGUUGAAAACUGUGACGUCUUAGAGAUUGCUUUAUUUUUUGAGGUGCAAUGAUUCUUCUUGUUUUUUCUACUUUGGUGAUGUUUUCAAACUAUUAGUUCAUUAAAUUAAUGAACUUGUUAAUUCAUUGAUUAGAGAAAAUUUCUUUUAGGUAGGUUGUAAAUACACACGGUGAAGGAUAUGUUUUUAUGUUCAGUAUGAGAGGCAAAUUUGUGCGUUUGGUUUGCAAGGUAUUGUAUAUUCAGUUUAAUGUGACAUUACUAUGAUGUAAUAAAAGCAGGAUAUUCAGGAUGA